GAAAUUUUAAGUGCAUGAUUUUGUUAUAAUAUAGAUCAAACUGGUGGUAAAUCGACCGUUCAUGAACUUACUUGUUUUUUUUAUAUUUACCAUUUCUGAACCUUAAGACAGCACCGCGAUUAUUAGGAUUAAGUUCCACCCGAUUGAUUGGGUUUACAGAUUUAUGUAUGUAAUAAAGCAGUUUGGGCUCUUUCUGAUAUUGGGAGUUUCAUUAUCGCUUAUGUUAACGAUCUGAUCUAAAAUACGAAAAUUUCCACCAACCUCUACAUAACUAAGGAGUCUGGAUCUGAAGAAGCGCCCUCUGUUUAAUUGAAUUCUAGGAUAUAUGUAUGCGUUGAUCUAUCAAUGGACAUCGAGACAGAAUCAUGUGGUUGCAAAAUAAUAUUUUGUGGAUUUAUUGUCCUUUAUAUUGGUUUAUAGCAAAGGCCUGCACUGAUAGCCAUCAUAAUGUUGUUGAGUAUGACCACCAUCCGAGACAUGCUGGUAGACCGGCAGUAGAGAUACCUGAUGAACAAAGAUUGUUAAAUCAUCUAUUAAGAGGCUAUGAACGAUCUGUGCGACCAGUACGUCACGCAAAUAAUACCGUUCUCAUCAAAAUGGGACUAACAUUGACACAGAUCUUUGAUAUGGAUGAGAAGAAUCAGAUAUUGGUGACAAAUGUUUGGUUAGAUCAGGAAUGGAGGGACGAGUUCUUGGUCUGGGACCCGAAAGAUUUCAACAAUAUAACCACACUUAGAAUACCUUGUCAUAAAUUAUGGUUACCUGAUAUAGUACUUUAUAAUAACGCUGCUGAAUAUACAGAUGGAUUAAUGCCAGCUAAUGCCAUGGUAGAAUUUAACGGAAACAUAUUUUGGCCAGUUCCAACCAAAAUGCAGAGUUCAUGUAAGGUCGAUGUUACAUUUUUCCCGUUCGAUAUUCAAGUCUGUAAGAUGAAGUUCGGUUCCUGGACAUAUGAUGGUUUUCAAGUGGACAUGACAAAUCGAACAAGUGAGGUGGAUUUAACGAACUAUGUUAACAAUGGCGAAUGGGGAUUAAUAAGUGUCAGCAUAGUACGUAAUGAGGUUUACUACGCCUGUUGUAAGGAACCCUUUCCUGACGUCACAUUCCAGAUUGUAAUCAGACGUAGAACCUUGUAUUAUAUGUAUAACGUGGUAUUCCCCUGCGUUAUGAUGUCAGCUCUCACCCUAUUGGUGUUCUGUUUGCCGCCUGACAGUGGUGAGAAAAUAGCUCUGGGAAUAACAGUUCUACUCGCCUUUUCUGUCUUUAUGUUAGCAGUAGCUGAAAAUCUUCCUGAAACUUCGGAAUUUGUUCCUUUGAUAAGUAUAUAUUUGACCAUUGUAAUGUUUCUGACGUCCGUUUCGGUCAUCAUGACUGUGUUCGUUCUCAACUUACAUCAUCGUGGACCAGAUAAGCGAUCUGUACCUUACUGGCUAAGACGAUUGUUCCUGGGUACCCACGGCUCAAUGCCAUCGGCAGCUCGUCAGGCACAGGACCGGUUCUUUUCCAAUCACAGAUCUGUGAACGAAAGCAAUUUUAUGAGGAAUAUUUCAUUAAAAUUAACGCUGGAAAACAUAGCGCAAGACUUACAGGAUCAAAUCUUAUUAGAAAAUGGCGUCACUGAUUCCAUGCCCAACGAUACACAUGUACAUCACACAUGUCACGACCGGAGGGAGUGUGGCUAUAAUUCUCAUAACUCAGAGCAGGGAUUUCAUAAACAAUCAAGUUUUCGUGGUGGCAGAAAUGCCAAAUCGUAUGAAGAUAUAAUUUUAUCUUUGACAAGAUUAUUAGACAAACAUGACCGCGAGGAGAAUGAAUAUGAAGUAAUGCAGGAGUGGAGAAGAUUAGCACAAACAAUUGAUCGGAUUUUAUUUUUCAUAUUUCUUGGUGGGACGGUCAUUUCAACUUUGGCUAUAUUGGUUAUAGCCCCGUCUACCCAGAAAGAUUAUUAUUAAUUUCCAUAACCAAAAAAAAAAUUAAAAAAAAAAAUAAAAAAAUGAAUGCCGUUCAUCCAGCCUCGGUGCUUUAUCCCUAUAAGUUGUUACAACGUGUGUGUUUGGUGUUUUUGUUCAAAAUAAUUCCGAGUGUGUUGAGAUAUAUAGAUAUUAUAUUGUGCAACGAAAUCGUGAACGUAUGUAGAUGUAUAUAUGUGACGUAUAUAUAACGCAUGUAAACAUAUUACUUAUAUAAUUGUUAUUAUACAUAUAAAUAUCAUAUAUUCCCCCUCUUUAUUUGAUGUUCUAUUUCCCCGUGUUUUACAUUCUACUUACAAGUUUAAUUCAGGAUC